AUGUUUUCCGCCGCCCGACGAGCCGUGGCCAGGCCUGCUACGGCAGCCAUUGGCCGAGUUACGCUCAAUGCCUAUGCCCACCAGCGGUUGCUGUCUGCUCUCGCAAUCUUGGAGCAGCGUCAGGGUCAACUGAGUGCCGGUUCUUUGAGCGCUGUUACCGCAGCCAAGGCCAUUGGCGGCACCGUCCACGGCUUUUUGGCCGGCGCCAGCGUCAAGGGUGCCGCUGAGGAAGCUGCCAAGGUUGACGGCAUUGAUAAGGUUAUUACUGUCGACAAUGCGGCGUACGAAAAGGGCCUCCCCGAGAACUACGCUCCUCUGCUCGUCGAGAAUAUCAAGAAGGGAGGAUACACACACGUUAUCGCCGCCAACUCGGCCUUUGCCAAGGGCGUCCUGCCCCGCGUCUCUGCGCUGCUGGACUCGCAACAAAUCUCCGACGUCACCUCCAUCCAGGACGACAAGACCUUUGUCCGACCCAUCUACGCCGGCAACGCCAUUGCCACCGUCGAGUCUGCCGACGCCAUCAAGAUCCUGACUGUCCGAGGCACGGCCUUUGCCGCUGCCGCCCCCGGCUCCGGCUCUGCCGCCAUUGAGGAGGGCGCUGAUCCCAAGGCCGAAGCUACCUCCGAAUGGGUAUCCGAGGACCUCGCCAAGUCCGACCGUCCUGACCUUGCCACGGCCACCAAGGUCGUCUCCGGCGGUCGCGGUCUCAAGUCCAAGGAAGAGUUUGACAAGAUCAUGCUGCCCCUCGCCGACGCUCUCGGCGCUGCCGUUGGUGCUUCACGCGCUGCGGUUGACAGUGGCUACGCCGACAACAGUCUCCAGGUUGGCCAGACUGGCAAGGUCGUCGCCCCCGAGAUGUAUCUCGCCGUCGGCAUCUCUGGUGCCAUCCAGCACCUUGCUGGUAUGAAGGACAGCAAGGUCAUUGCCGCGAUUAACAAGGAUGCCGAUGCCCCCAUCUUCCAGGUUGCCGAUGUUGGUCUGGUAGGAGACUUGUUCGAGAAGGUGCCGGAGCUUACUGAGAAGGUAAAGAGUUCGUAG